UUCAACAGAAGCGUAACAAACAGUAUUUGCUAUAAACAAAACUUGCCUGUUUCGGUGAAAAGUUUUAGAAUCGAAUUAAUUUUUGGAAAAUUUUCAAAACUAGAGACAAGAAAAUGGCUACAAUUCCAGCAAUAUUGGGUUUAAUUAACGACAUGGACCGUCUCACCACGGCCAUUUCUCCAUACUAUCAUCAAACCUACCAUUGGCCCAUGAGCCGGCAAUUAGCCUUGGGUAAACCAGAAAGGGCAAUUUCGCCUCUGGUGGGCAAAGAUGGUUUCCAGGUGUCGAUGGAUGUCGCCCAUUUCAAACCCAGUGAAUUGAAUGUACGUGUUGUAGACAAUAGCAUCGUUGUGGAGGGCAAACAUGAAGAACGUGAGGAUGACCAUGGUUACAUAUCUCGUCAUUUUCUUCGUCGCUACUCGCUGCCCAAAGGAUAUGAUCCCAAUAAAGUGAUGUCAUCACUUUCAUCAGAUGGUGUACUGACUGUUAUGGCGCCAAAGCCGCAAUUGGAAGACAAGUCCAAUGAACGUCAUGUACAAAUACAACAAACUGGUCCUGCACACUUGAACGUUAAGGAGAAUGGCAAGGAAGAGAAGAAGAAUUGAACAUUUGCCACUUCAAUUAAAUCUUCAACAACGCAUUCCUUAAAACAUACACGCAUACACCUUUCCUCGAGCGGGUCUAGAGUUUAGUUGCUACAUUCGGAGUAUUACUUAAUUAGUUUUUUCUAUUCUUAAUAUAGUUUGUACUGAAGGAAAUAAAUAAAUAAAUACCACUCUUUUGUUACAAAAAA